AUGUUGCGAACGGACGUCGUAUGUUUUCUGCUCCUCAUCAGCUGUCUGGGCGUCCGUGGCACAGAGGACAAGGAGAAGAGUUUCUGGGAUGACCCGUGGUGCGUGGGCCCCGCUGUUGUGGUUGGAGCUGUAGGAGGUGCGGUACUGGGUCCAGUUGUUCUGGGGGCCGGGCUCGCAGGAAUGGGGUUCACAGGAACAGGGAUUACAGCAGGCUCCCUGGCAGCGGGUGCGAUGUCUACAGCUGCGACGACAGGAGUGGGCGCGGGGCUCGUUGCAGUAGCACAGUCUGCAGGGGCUGCUGGUGUAGCUGUAGGAACGAAGGUAGCAAUGGCCGCAGGCGGGGCAGCCGUAGGCUACUUCACCAGCGGGUGCAAGGAGCCAAAUUGUGAAGGAGACGAAAACAAUUAG